UAAUCAUCUGUUAGUGCUGUGAAAACUCAGUCAUGCGUGGCGCCCUUAUUUUCUUUGCUCUCAUUUUAUGGCAGUCUUUGCCUGGAUUUGAUGGACAUUUCGAAUACUACCUAAGGGAGUGUCAUUACAGCUCGGAAGAACUGAAAGACAUCGAAUUUAUUUACAGAUUCAUUUUUAAUAAAUUGGAAUAUGCGAGGUACAACAGCACUCUGAAUAAGUAUACUGGAUAUACGAAACAUGGGGUGUACAAUGCGAAGAUAUGGAACGAAAACGGAGAAACGGACAAACAGCAUACCAACGUGGAUUCGUACUGCAGGCACAAUGCUGAGCUGUACUUCAGAAACAUACUGUCGUACACAGUUGAACCUUCGGUAAGGGUUUAUUCUGAGAAAUCUGGCAGUCAGAGACACUCCACUAUGCUGGUAUGCAGUGCGUAUAACUUCUACCCAGAGGGAAUCAAACUGACUUGGCUGAGAGAUGGGAAGGAGGUGAAGACUGAUGUGACUUCCACUGAAGAGCUCUAUGAUGGAGACUGGUACUAUCAGAUACACUCUUACCUGGAGCUCACACCCAAAUCUGGAGAGACCAUCGCCUGCAAGGUGGAACACAGCAGCUUUUCUGAGCCCAAGGUCUUCAAAUGGGAUCCUUCAAUGUCUGAUGGGGACAGGAACAAAGUGAUCAUUGGGACUUCUGGACUGCUUUUGGGCCUGAUCCUCUCACUUGCUGGGGUGAUUUUCUACAAGAAGAAAUCCACAGGGAGAAUCCUGGUACCAGCAAGUUAAGUUUAGUCCCGAGUGCCCGUCCUGUCAACCCCUGCUUCUUGUUCUCCAGUCCUGAUCCAGCGUUCCAGUCCGGUAUUUCAUCACGCCUCCGUGUUCAAGUCUUACUCAGAUUCACGUUUCACUUUUCACCUUUGUUGCGAACACACUGUGUGUCUCUUUGUCCCACGUUCAUUGUUUCA